GCUCAGACAACUUGAUACAGAGUAACAGUAAAUCAGACAGAGCAGCUCCUACAGCACCAGCAGUGAAAUUGUAACCCUGUUGCAAGUAUUUUUGGCCGCUGAUAGGACCGAGUGAGAUCACUGCGGUCUCUUUUCUCGGAUAGACUCAAGAGUUGUUCGGCAAGAGCAACGCAGGGACCGUUUUCAGUCUCAUUUCUGCUAUAUCUCAAUAUUAUAUCACACUGGAAAUGUCCGAAAACAAGCCGAAUGAUGAACCGAAGUUAUCUACGACGGACAGGGUGGUGAAAUCUGUCCCGUUCCCCCCUAGUCACCGGCUGACGGCUAAAGAGGUGUUUGACAGCGAUGGGAAGCCCAAAGUGGACGUGCUGAAAGCUCACCUAACCAAGGAAGGCCGUGUGGAGGAGUCGGUGGCUCUGAGGCUCAUAGGAGAGGGCGCCGCAAUCUUGCGUGCAGAGAAGAACCUCCUGGACAUCGAGGCCCCUGUGACAGUGUGCGGAGACAUCCAUGGGCAGUUCUUUGACCUGAUGAAGCUGUUUGAAGUCGGAGGAUCACCAGCAUCCACGCGCUACCUUUUCCUGGGGGACUACGUUGACAGAGGGUAUUUCAGUAUUGAAUGUGUGCUGUACUUGUGGGCCUUAAAGAUCCUUUACCCCAAAACACUGUUUUUGCUGCGUGGGAAUCAUGAAUGUAGACAUUUAACAGAGUAUUUCACAUUUAAGCAGGAAUGUAGAAUUAAGUAUUCAGAGAGGGUGUAUGACGCAUGUAUGGACGCCUUCGACUGCCUUCCCCUGGCUGCACUUAUGAACCAGCAGUUCCUGUGUGUACACGGAGGACUGUCUCCAGAAAUCACAAAUCUUGACGACAUCAGGAAACUAGACAGAUUCAAAGAGCCCCCAGCGUACGGACCAAUGUGCGACCUGCUGUGGUCCGACCCCCUGGAGGACUUUGGGAACGAGAAAAGCCAAGAGCAUUUCACACACAACACAGUGCGAGGCUGUUCCUACUUCUACAGCUACCCUGCAGUCUGUGACUUUCUACAACACAAUAACUUAUUAUCUAUCAUCCGGGCCCAUGAAGCGCAGGAUGCUGGAUAUCGCAUGUACAGAAAGAGUCAGACCACUGGCUUUCCAUCCCUUAUCACCAUCUUCUCUGCACCCAACUACCUAGAUGUCUACAACAACAAAGCGGCAGUGCUGAAGUACGAGAACAAUGUGAUGAACAUCCGACAGUUCAACUGCUCGCCUCACCCUUACUGGCUGCCCAACUUCAUGGACGUCUUCACCUGGUCCCUGCCCUUUGUCGGGGAGAAGGUAACUGAGAUGCUAGUGAACGUAUUGAGCAUCUGCUCCAAUGAUGAGCUGACAACUGACGAGGAGCUUGACGGACAGCUAAUAUAUCCCCCCAAAAAAGGUGCCACAGCUUCUGCUCGUAAAGAGGUCAUCCGCAACAAGAUCCGUGCCAUUGGCAAGAUGGCCAGGGUAUUUUCCGUGCUCAGAGAGGAGAGUGAGAGCGUGCUGACACUGAAGGGACUGACCCCGACAGGCAUGCUACCAAGUGGAGUGCUGUCCGGUGGCAAAGAAAAGCUGCAGAAUGCUACUAUUGAAGCUAUUGAGGCUGAUGAAGCCAUCAAAGGCUUCUCGCCCCAGCACAAGAUCACCAGCUUCGAGGAGGCGAAGGGGCUGGAUCGCAUCAACGAGAGGAUGCCGCCGCGGCGAGACGCCUUGCCCUCGGACGCCAGCCUCAACUCCCUCAACAAGGCCCUGUCCUCGGAGACCAACGGCACAGACGCCAAAGGAAGCACCAGCAGUGGCAGCAACAUCCAGUGAAGCCCAGCAGCAGGCGCCACCUUGGCCGACGGGGCUGCCCUGCCCCCAGCCUCAUCACGGCCCGCCACCGCAGAAAAGGGGCAAAGGGUGAAAGAGUGGAGAGGAGGGGGAGUGUUGGAGAGUGGAGAGUGGAGGGGGGAGGCAUCUAUGGCUCACACUGGGGGGACAUCUCACUUUCUAGUCUUUGGAUAUGCCUUCAAAAUAUUAGUUCAUAGUCAAAUCUGCUAAGUUAUUGCUGGGUCACAUUUCUGAAUGGUCAGGCCUUUAUCGCGCUUGACUCCCCACCACACCGCAGUAUGUCAGAGAGAAAGAGAGCGAUAGAGAGAUCUUAAAGGUGAUUUAUUUUUUCUUUUAUUUCUUGAAAGACCCUUGCUCAUUUACACCGAAACGGAAAGUCGUGUAACUUCUUACUAACUAUUGUACGUUUACAAAAAUACAGCACUAAAAAGGACAGAACAUGAGAUAAUGUUUUUAACGUAUAAGGGUGUACAAACUAAAUAAGGACUAUUUAUUGAUAACUUUUUGUUUUGCUACUCUUAUAAAAUAGCUCUGAAAUUAAUUAGGCAGUCUUAAAAAGAAUGUUGCAAUGUUGUCGAAAUGCCAAAUAAUGGAACGUUUUAUGGUUUUGUACAUAUUAUGCUUACCUCAGGUUCUUUUGGUGUGUGCUUUGACCUGAUUUUUCUGUAUAAUGGCUAAAUAACUCGGUAAUGAAUACCUAUUUUCUUGAGUUUCAUAACUGGAAUUUACAUUUACCUAUCUAUCAUUUGCAAAUAUGUUUAUUUUUUGUCUCUUUUGGAAGGGGUGGGGGGGGUAGAUUUAUCGUGGCUUGCUGGAAUUGAGUGUUAAUUUUUUCUCUUUUUAAGUAUUGCGAACAAAGUAAAAAUAGAGAAACCUAUAUUGUGUAAAAAAAAAAAAAAAAAAAGAAUACAAUAAA